AUGUCACGCUAUCGCGCACCUUUUCAUCAACUACGCCUGCAAUACGGCAACAACAAGGGCAAGAACUACACGGAAAUCGAGGAUCGCUUUCUGGUCUGCAUGCUGCACAAGCUCGGCUUUGAUAAGGAAAAUGUGUACGAGGAGCUACGUGCGGCCAUACGCGCUUCGCCACAAUUCCGCUUUGACUGGUUCAUCAAGUCUCGCACAGCUCUGGAACUACAACGCCGUUGUAAUACGCUCAUUACACUAAUUGAGCGCGAGAAUAUGGAGCUGGAGAAAAAGGAACGAGCCGAGAAGAAAAAGAAGACACCCAAGACUCCAGGCGGCAGCAGCGGAGGUGGCAACAACAACACCCCAGCAGCACCCCCGCAGCCGAAAGCGAAUCAGAAGCGGAAGAACGAGGUGGUGGCUACCAGUUCAAAUGCCAAAAAGAAGAAGAAAUAAAGAGACACAAUAUGCACCGACGACAUUUAUAUGAGAUUCAAUAAAUAUCCCCAUUUAUCGGACGUGACGUACAGCAUUAGUUACUGCUAUAUUACUUAAAUUUAAAUACAGAAAACAUACAAAUAUAUACAUACAUACUAGGUACUACGCCUUCGUACUCGCAUUAUGUGCGCCGUUGCCGCUGUAUUCUAUUCCACUUAUCUGUAUCGUUUUAAGCCUUAACUUAUGCAUAAUUAUCGUAAAUCAUUAUUUUUAAUAAACUAUAUAUUGAAAAGAGCA